CCACCCAGGGGGACAGGACCCAGCUCUCCUCAGAGACUGCAGUGUCUGCCUCUCAGUAUGAGUUUCUGCCACAGCAGGCAGCAGGAGAUGUGUUAAAAGACAUCACCCAAGAGAUGACAAUGGCCACUCAAGAAACAGAGGCCACAUUGCCUGUGGUGACACAAGAGCAUAUGGCUACCAUCGAGGUUCCCAGAGGCAGUGGGGAGCCUGAAGAGAGCUUGCCAUCCACCUCUCCUGUGUCUGCUGAAGUGGGUGAUGCUGAACUGUCCAGAAGAUGGGAGUCUCUGGCCACUCCAGCCUCCACCACUGUUGGCCCUUUGUCUCUCCAACUUACCUCUUCCAUGGAAGAUCUCAUGGACACAAUCACUGGGUCAAAUGAAGAAUUCAUACCAAUUUUGGGAUCUCCAGUGGCACCCCCUGCAAUGACUGUGGAAGCUCCCACAAUUUCUCCAGCAUUCCCUUCUGAGGGAAGAACUAGUCCGUCCAUCAGCCGCCCAAAUACAGCUGCCUCCUAUGGCCUGGAACAACUCGAAUCUGAAGAGGUAGAAGAUGAUGAGGAUGAAGAGGAUGAAGAAGAUGAAGAGGAAGAAGAUGAGGAAGAUGAAGAAGAUGAAGAAGAUAAAGAGACAGACUCCUUGUAUAAGGACUUCGAUGGUGACACUGAACCACCAGGCUUUACUCUGCCUGGCAUCACUUCCCAGGAACCUGACAUAGGGCCAGGAAGCAUGGCCCUACUAGAGGUAGCCACCUACCAGGUGCCAGAGACCAUUGAGUGGGAACAGCAGAAUCAAGGUCUGGUGAGAAGCUGGAUGGAAAAGCUAAAAGACAAGGCAGGCUACAUGUCUGGAAUGCUGGUGCCUGUUGGGGUAGGGAUAGCUGGAGCCUUGUUCAUCUUGGGAGCGCUAUACAGCAUUAAGGUUAUGAAUCGCCGAAGAAGAAAUGGAUUCAAAAGGCAUAAAAGGAAGCAGAGAGAAUUCAACAGCAUGCAAGACAGAGUGAUGCUGUUAGCUGAUAGCUCUGAAGAUGAAUUCUGAACCGGACUUGAAUUUAACUGAGAUAUUCCAUGAAAUUAUUAUUUUAUUUUCUAUUUGAAGGCAAAAAGAAGAAAGAGAAUAAAUAAGUAAGAAAGAACAGUAUCUCACCACCUUGCUGCUACCAGGCCUUCGGUCCAGCCCCAGUCUCUGCUGGAGAGUAGAUUUUUCUCUUGUGCUCAGCAGAAAAACCACGCUGUACCCUAAAUGCAGCAUGCAGUGUUUGGCUAUUCUGUAGUGUGUAUGUCAUCAACAAGGGCUGCAAUUUAGAAACAUAUAGGAUACAUGUUCAGUGGGAGUUAGGUAGAAUAAAUAUUUGGUAUUUUUUCAUUGGUUUGGAUUACUGGACUGAAGUUGAUGGUGUCACCACCAAGGCAUCAUUGACUCUGAUAGAUAAAUUCUAAGGAAGAGUAACUUUUCAUAAUCCUUCCCUACCUUUUCGAAGUUGUUGGCUUUGGUGUACACUAUCCCUGCAUCAAAGACUAGUUACCACUUGGAAUGAUAUUUUUUUCCCUGAGAUAUCUCAGCCUAUUAGAGUUAUAUGCAGGUCUGUGUGUAUGUUGCAUUAAACUUUCCAGCCUCUUCGUUUUUAUUAUUUUUCUCUUUCUUAGUCUUGCUAUUAGUAAGAGAAAAAAUACACCAGAAAUUAUACAUUACAUAAAUCCUUAACCUUAAUUUAUGCUUGCUUUCUAAAAUAGUGUGACUAAAUUCAAUGCAUAUACUGAAAGAUUCUUAUUUGUUUAUCAUUAUGAGAUAUUCUUUUGGUAUAAUACUGAAAUUAGCUAAGAAAUAAGAAUGAUAUCAAAAUGAGGAUGUACAAGCUCCCAGAGUGUUUGUCCCUGCCAUUUGGGUCUACGUUUAUGUGGUCAUUACUUUUCCAUAUUUAUAUUAUUAUAGAAGGAGUGGGCUUUGGGGCUUCAAUAGAUAAGUUCAGCAUUCUUUAGAGAAGAUGGCCCAGUGGUCAGAGUUUUCAUGUACAAAGGAUCUUUGGGCAUCCCUCAUGGGGAUAAUGGACUGUUAGAUCCUCUCUCAUUUUUCAUGGAAUGUAGUUUUCUCUUCUAUACCAAAUAACACAUUCAAACACCCUCUUUGAAUCUGGAUAUUUGAGAAUUUUGGUUCAUCAGAUUUAACAAUGUGGCUUGAAUCAUUUCUAAAGACAGAUAAAAUUUAUCAAUAAUGCUGUGUGUUUAUGAACUCCAAACAAAACAAAACAAAACCAGUCAGGAGCCAAAUCAAAUGUACCAGGGUCUUUUUUGGAGUUAGUUCAGGCUCAACUCACCACAGACCCACACAAUGGUUCUGGUGGGAGAAAAGCUCUGAACAUUCAUUGAAACAAGGUUUUAUAGACAGCAGCAAGCAAGGGUGAGUGUUUCUAGCCCGGCAAGCAUCUAAUUAGGGUGCUAUUGUGGCCUUUAGUAUAAUUGGCUAGUGCUGGGAGCCAAACCACAAACUUAACUGCUUUCUUCCAAAUUGGUGGUUGUUAGGUAGAGAGCGGGCUUGUUGGGGGUUAACCUCGAAACUGGUGCUAAAUGCAUUUGUUGGAGUUAGCCUAGAAACUAGCUCAGGUUUUGUUGGAGGUAUAGAAGGAGUGGACUUUUGGUCUUCAAUAGAUAAGUCCAACAUUCUUUAGAGAAGAUGGCCAAGGGGCCAGAGUUCUCAUGUACAAAGGAUCUUUGGCCAUCCCUUAGAAACUGAUGAUAGGUAUCAGCCUGUUAGUUUACUUGAGUUCAAACUUAGGUCAGGUUCUCUUAAGAUGGAGUUUGAGCCCAAAAAUUUGGUCUCUCACUGUUACUAUGGAGAAUUUGUUCAUAGCCAUUAGAGCCUAUUCUACUAUGACAGGGUCAAUUUAAUUACUCCUGAUGGCUUCUGGGUGAGGAAGGACACAUGUUUCUAUUUUCUGUUCUACUGAAGAUGGAACUAAAGUAGAGAAAAGAAAAAAUCAUCAGUUUUAUCUGUAGCAUCAGCAUGAGGAACACCUUGGACACAAACUAUAUACUGGCCUUUUUCCAUGACAUUGGAAGGUCCUUCUUUAAAGUCAAAUCUACUUCAUCAAAAAACAUUUAUCAUUAAUUUCUGUGUUUGUUAAAUAAAUGAAUCUUUCGUACAA